AUGGCCUUUGCCCCCCAGGACUGUUGGUUCCAUGGGGCUGGGGAUGCUCUGCACCCACACUCAGAGUGGGCAGAGGCUAAGGAUCAGAUGGCCUUGGGACAGAAAAGGAAGCAGGGGAGCCCCAGAGAUCACAGCAUGAAAAAGAAGAAAAAGAAGACACACCAGGAGGGAGACAUCCUCCUGGUCAACUCCAAGCUUUCCAUGGAGAACAGCCUGAGGAAAGGAAGUAAGAAGUCAGUCAAAAGUGAAGCUUUGGAGUUCAUCCCGAUAGACUGCCCAAAGGCCCCUGGGAAGAAGAAAGUAAAGUCCAAGAAAAAGGUGGAGCAGCCAGUUGGUGAAGGGCUGGCUGUGAAAAGGAAGAAAAAGAAGAAGAGGAAAGAGAGCGGAGUAAAGGAAAACCCUUGGCAGGAGAAAGAGGAGUCAGACACAGACUUGGAGGUGGUACUGGAAAAGAGAGGCAGCAUGGAUGAGGCCUGCAUAGAUGAGGUGAGACAGAAGGCCUUGCAAGAAGAGACUGAUCGUGAGUCAGGCAAGACAGAUGCUUUAGAACCCAAGAAGUGGACAGGAACUCAGUUUGGCCAGUGGGACACUGCCAGCUUUGAAAAUGAAGACCAGAAACUGAAAUUCCUAAAGCUUAUGGGUGGCUUUAAGCAUCUGUCCCCGUCAUUCAGCCGUCCUCCCAGCAUGACUAGCAGGUCCAACAUGGCCCUGGACAAGAAGUCUUCAGACAUGCUCCAGCAGAGUCUGCAGCAGGACUAUGACCGGGCCAUGAGCUGGAAGUACAGCUGUGGGGCUGGCUUAGGCUUCCUCUCUGAGGCCCGCAAGGUCUUCUACAUUGACCGCAACGCCUCCAAGUCUAUCAAGUUGCAAGAUUAAAUUUUAUUGUCCUGAUGCUCAAACUGCAUUUCUUGAUCAGUUUUGCAUCUGUCCAGUUGGCUUGAACCAGUCACCUGCAGCUAUUGAGGACCAUUCAUGAUGAGCUUUGGACAAGCUGC